AUGAUGUACUCACCGGAUAAGAUGAUGGGGAGCAAGGGACUCCACGGGGCACCCAUCACUGCCCCGGGCUGUUUCCCUUCGGGACGAUAUUCGCCGCCGCCUUAUCGUGCUGCUCCAGAUCCCAUGCCGCCACCCCCACGACGCUGUAUGCCGAAUCCUACGAGUCGUAUAUUGGAAGAUGCCUCCAUUAUGUGUAAUUCCUGGUCACCAAGGCAUAACGGUGACUUAUUCGGGGGCUUGAACAGCGGUCUACAAGACGGCUUACUUUCGAGGGCGGAGGCUUUAGCUGCGGAUUUAGGAAAACACAACGCAGGCACCCCAAUGCCUUUGAAGCACGACCCUGUUUCCGUUUAUCACCAUGGAGCCCACAUGCCAGCCCCGCAUCCAAAUAACCGGCCACAUCAUCAGGUACAUUCACACCUCUUUAUGAGCCACCCGGGCAUGGAGAGUCUAGACAUGCUGGACCCAGCGAACUCGAUGACUACAUUAACGCCAAUGUCGGAGAACACGGGCGGUGGUCCUGGUCAUCACGCCGGUAUCCAUGGUCCUUCAGUUUACGGAGGUAUGAACGGAAUGAUGGGUCAUCAUCAUCACCACGGUAACCUAGGUGGCGGGGGUGGUAGCGUGCCACAUCCGGCCCACCAUCACCCCGCAAUGGCGGCNNCUGCCGCUGCAGCUGCAGCUGCAGGACUGCAUCCAGAUGCAGACACGGACCCACGGGAACUGGAGGCGUUCGCCGAAAGGUUCAAACAGAGACGUAUCAAGCUCGGUGUGACGCAAGCCGACGUCGGCAAAGCUCUGGCGAAUUUGAAGUUGCCCGGUGUCGGGGCGUUGUCACAGUCAACGAUAUGUCGAUUCGAGUCAUUGACGUUGUCCCAUAAUAACAUGAUCGCGUUGAAACCGAUCCUCCAGGCGUGGCUGGAGGAAGCGGAGGCUCAGGCGAAGAACAAGAGACGAGAUCCGGAUGCACCGUCGGUUUUACCAGCCGGUGAAAAGAAAAGAAAAAGGACCAGCAUAGCCGCGCCCGAGAAACGAUCACUCGAGGCGUAUUUCGCCGUACAACCACGGCCGUCCGGCGAGAAGAUAGCCGCGAUCGCGGAGAAACUCGACCUGAAAAAGAACGUAGUCAGGGUCUGGUUCUGUAACCAACGACAAAAGCAGAAGCGUAUGAAAUUCGCGGCUCAACAUUGA